CACUUCCCCCUCUCUCUCUCUCUCUCUCUCUCUCUCUCUCUCUCUCUCGCAGUCCCAGGUUAUAACCCUAGACAAGAGACCAAUCGACUCAGUCAGACGCCAUGAAGACCAAAACACCAUUGAAGCAACUUAAGCUCUCUGUUCCAGCUCAAGAAACCCCAAUUUCUUCCUUCUUGACUGCAAGUGGUACAUUUCAUGACGGGGAUUUGCUUUUAAAUCAGAAAGGUUUGCGUCUCAUAUCUGAAGAGAAAGAAUCUCGUCCUUCUGACUGCAAGGAACUUGAUUUUGAGUUCUUGCUGGAAGAUCUGGAGACCGUUAAAGUCAUUGGAAAGGGAAGUGGUGGUGUGGUGCAACUUGUCCGUCAUAAAUGGGUUGGUAAAUUGUUUGCUUUGAAGGCCAUCCAGAUGACUAUACAAGAGGAAAUCCGCAAACAAAUUGUGCAGGAACUAAAAAUAAACCAAGCAUCACAAUGUCCACAUGUUGUAGUUUGCUAUCAUUCAUUCUAUCACAAUGGAGUGAUUUCUCUUGUAUUAGAGUACAUGGACCGUGGAUCUCUAGCAGAUGUUAUCAGACAAGUUAAGACAAUUCUCGAACCAUACCUUGCUGUUGUAUGCAAGCAGGUUUUACAAGGCCUUGUAUACUUGCACAACGAAAGGCAUGUUAUACAUAGAGAUAUAAAGCCAUCCAACCUGCUGGUAAAUCAUAAAGGUGAAGUGAAAAUUACUGAUUUUGGGGUGAGUGCAGUGUUAGCUAGCUCUAUGGGCCAAAGGGAUACAUUUGUCGGGACCUACAACUAUAUGUCGCCUGAGAGAAUCAGCGGGAGCACAUAUGAUUACAGCAGUGACAUUUGGAGUCUGGGAAUGGUGGUACUUGAGUGUGCUAUAGGGCGCUUUCCUUAUAUACGAUCUGAAGAUCAGCAAAGCUGCCCUAGUUUCUAUGAGCUUUUGGAAGCAAUUGUGAAUAGUCCACCCCCUUCUGCUCCUCCAGAUCAGUUCUCCCCAGAAUUCUGCUCUUUUGUAUCAGCCUGCAUACAAAAGGAUCCUCGAGAUAGAUCAUCCUCUUUGGAUCUCUUGAGUCAUCCCUUCAUCAAAAAGUUCGAAGACAAAGACAUUGACCUUGGGAUUCUUGUUGGGAGCUUGGAACCACCAGUGAACUACCCUAGAUAGAUUUUCUAUUAGUAGUAUAUAUGGGUAGAGUAUAAUGUGUCUUACAUUUGUAUCAGUCAUCAAUCUCAGUCAUAUGAUUUGCUAUACAAAUGUUAUAUUUACAUAUACGCAA